AUGAAACUCUACUUAUUAACAAUACUAUUAAGCUAAUAUUUAUCCUUAAUUAUAUGUAGUUGCAAUUAAGAAAAUUAAUGUUUUGACCAAAAAUAGUAAAAAUGUAAGUUGGUUGAUGGUAAAGAACAUAUUGGAAAAGAAAAGCGUUAUGGAUAUUGUGUAAUUGAUGCUAUCAAAUACGAAUUUAUUGACUUUUGUAAAAGUGAUUAUGAACCUGUUUGUAUAUCUUAAGAUAGAAAAAGCUGUAUAAAAGUUUAAAAUAGCGAUCACAUAGUAGCUAUAUUAUAUUCAGGAAAUCUCUGUUCAGGUGUGAAUGAAUUUACAUCUAAUUUUAAUUCACCACAAAAAUUGAAAUAUAUUAAACAGGGUUUUUGUUAGGAUUUUAAUGGUCGAAUUAAAUUAGGUCAAGCAGUAUAAAGUGCAUCAUAAUAAUUUUUAUGCAAUAAUUUAGAAGGUGGACAAUUUAAUAAGUGCAGAUAAAAAAAAUCUUGCUAUUUGGUGGGUAAAAAUAAAUGCUUAAAUCUAAAUGAAGUAGAUGGAAUUACUUCUGAUGGAUUUUGCGUCUUUUAAAAUGAACUGUAUUUUGACAAAAUUUAUUGCAAUGAAAGCUUAUGCCAAAUAAAAAACUCAUAAGAAUAGUAUUCUUGUAUAAGUUAUUCUAAUUCUGACAUAGCUGGAAAGACUGGUGAUAAUUACUGCAUUUAUCAAGGAUAAUAUUUUCCAAAAGAAACUUUGAUAAAUUGCAAGUAAUAAUAUUGUAUUUUUUAAGAUGAUGAAUAAAAAAGUUGUUUGAAGAUUGAUAGAACAAAUAAUCCUUAGAUAUAUGGAGUCAGCGAAGAAGGAUUUUGUCUAAUUUAGAUCAAAAAGAAAAAAAUUUCUUUUAUUUUAUAAUAAAAUACUUGCCCUUAAUCGUAUUGCUAUUUUCAAGACUCUUGUGUUUAAUUGUCUUCUUAAAAUCCUGCUAAAUUAAAUGAUAGCACAUGUGCGUCAUUAAAUACAUAAAACUCAGUUCAAUGUUUUACAUAACUUCCUGCUUGCUUAUCUUCAAGCUCUACAUGCUUGGAAGUGUCAAGCUCAAGCCCUAACUCUGUUGGUUUAAGGACAAAUGGAGAGUGUGCUGUUGCAAAUUAAUAUUAUAGUGAUUUGUAAUCAUGUAGUUAAGAUUAUUGCAUUAAAUAAUCAUCUGGAAAAAAAGGGUGUUUCGUUUUAGACGGAUCUGAGAAUGCAAUUGGAAUUGACUAAAGUGGCAAUUGUGUUGAUUCUAAAACAGUUGCGAUUAGUUGUUUUGAUUCAGAUGAUAUUUGUAAGGAUAGCCAAACCUCGAAAUGCACUAAAAUUAAUUCAAAUUCUACAUUCAGCAAUAUUUGUAUUUUAAAUGGAAUUUGCUAUUAAAUGUCAUAUAACUAAUAUGUUGGUAGAGAUACAUAGUAUUAGUGCUUAAAAAAUUAAUAGGAAAGUGAUUAAAAAAUACUAAAUUGCUAUAGCAAUACUUAUUAGAUAUGUAAAAGAAGUGAUCUUUUGGCAUGUAUAAACUAUACAAGUGAUUCUACAUAUUUAGGAUAUAUUUCUAGUACAGGAAUUUGUGCAUAAUUUGGUGUUCAAAUAUCAACAAGUGGAUUUCAAAGUAUUACCAACUUGAAUCCAAACUAUUGCUAAGAUGAUUCAUACAAAAUCUAGCUUAUAGUUCCUGUAUAUGCAGGAAGAGAUUAGUUAUAUUCAAGGUGCUUAAAACCUGAUUAAACAUAAUACCAAAAGGUUGAAUUGUGUGCAAAAGAUUACUGUAUAGCAAAUAGUAGUUGCAAAAUGAUUGGAUUUGAUGGAGUAUUAAUAGCUAAAUUAUCAAACGGUUAGUGUGCUUAAGCAUAACAGUCUUAAUCUGUAUAAUGUGCCUUUAAAAAUUACAAUUACUGUUUACUAAAUUAAACAUGCAAUUUAUUAUCUAGUUCAAAUCAAAGUUUUUCGGGAAUUGAUAGCUAUGGAAACUGUUUAUCUAGGAAUUAAAGUGUUUUUUCUUCAAGUUUAUUCAAGUGUGCAGAUAAUCAUUGCAAGUAUUCAACUGGUUUUGAAAAAUAAGGAUGUUAUCUUUUAGAUGGUUCAGUAGGAUUAGCUGGAUCGGAUUCAUCAUAAAUUUGCUUAGAUUAUAAUAAAAAAUAAGCUACCUAAUGUGCUUAAUAACCAAUCGUUUGUUUUGAUAGUAAUACAUAAACAUGUUAAUAAACUGUAAAUUAUGGAUCAGUUGGUAAUGGAUGCUCUUUAAAUGGUUAAUGUUUCUAAAUGUCACCUUAAUUUUAUGUUGGUAGAGAUACUAAUAAUUAGUGCUUUAAAAUAAAUAACACUCCUUUAAGUGGUACUGUUGAUAAGUGUUUUAAUGAUCCAUAAACUAUUUGUUUAACAAGUGACAAGAAAUAAUGUAUCAUAUAUACUAACUCCUCAUAAUAUUUAGGGUAUAUUUAAAGUACUGGAAUUUGCGCUUAAAAUGGUUAAAAAACUUCUAAUUAGGCUCUUUAAAUUAUUGUUAAUUUAGACAAAGGCUAUUGCUAAGAUAAUUAAUUUAGAAUUUAAUAAUUAUUACCUCCAUAUGUUGGAAGAGAUUCAGUAAACUAAUUAUGCCUCUAAUAAUCAACGCAGUCUUCAUAAAUUGAGUUUUGUGUUUAAGGAUAUUGUGUUGCAAAUAAUAAAUGCUAACCUGUUGGUUUUGAUAAAAAACUUAUUGCAAAACUUUCAAAUUAACAAUGUGGCUUAGAUUAAAUACCCACAGCAAUAGAAUGUGCUUUUUAAAGUUUGGAUGGAUAAGAUAUUAGUGGAAACUGCGUGAAAAGAGGCUAACUCACAUAAAAUGGGUCAACAAAUUAAGUUGGAAUAGCAGCAAAUGGGUUGUGUUUAGAUAUAAACUAAGCUCCAGCAAUAAGAUGUACUGAUUAGGUUAAUUAUAUAUGCUAUGAUACGAACUCAUAAACAUGCAUCUAAAUAAAUACAUCAUCUACAAAUAAUUAUUGCAAAUAUUAAGGAACUUGCUAUUAACUGAAUUUGAAUUAGUAUGUUGGUAGAGAUACAAAUUUUAACUGUUUAACUUCAGGAAAAACGCCAACCACAGGAUUAGUUUAGAAUUGUUUAUAUGAUCCUUAAAACAUAUGUUAAAAAAGUGAUUAAUCAUAAUGCAUAUAUUAUACUAACAAAUAAUGGAAAAAUACCUAUUUAGGUUUUAUAAAUUCAUCUGGUUAUUGUGCAUAAGAAGACUAAGCAACUUCUUCUUUAUAAUUUGAAAUUAUCACUAAUUUGGAUAGUAAUUAUUGUUAAGAUGAUAGCUUUUUCAUUAGAAAGAUUUAAACUUCUUAUGGUGGUAGAGAAGUAUAAUAUUAAAGGUGUCUAAAAGCUUUUAAUUUACCAAUUUCCUAAAUAGAUUUUUGCUCUAAAGGUUAUUGCAUUUAGAGUAAUGAAUGCAAGCAAAUAGGUUUUGACGGUAAACUAAUAUCAAAACUAUAGAAUGGAUAAUGUGCUAUUGAUCGAUAAUACCCUGCUGUUGAGUGUGCAUAUAAUACUUUAGAUACAUGUUUAUAUAAUAAUAUGUGCUAUUGGUUAACUGAAUAAGACGCUUUUGCAUCAGGAAUAGAUUAAAAUGGUAAUUGUUUAACAAGAGGUGUAUUCUCAAUAAUUUUUAAGAAAUGUUAAUCAAAUCACUGCUUUAAAAUCUAUCCCAAUUUUUAAUCAAGCCAAGAUGGAAAGGGAUGCUUUCUUUUAGAUGGAUCUCAAGGUUAGGCAGGUAUAACUUCUUUGGGAUAAUGUUUAGCUAUUAAUACUUCUCCUGCAUGCAGAUGUACAAAUAAGACUAAUUCAAUUUGUUAUGAUCCUGCCACUUAAACUUGCUAGAAUACAAUAAAUUAUGGGUCCAUAGGAAAAGGUUGUAUUUUAAAUAGUUAAUGUUAUUAAUUUUCAAUUCAAUAAUAUAUUGGAAGAGAUUUAGAGCUUUAAUGCUUGGUAAAUAACUAGAUAACGAGCUAAGUAGAUAUUUGCUUUAAUGAAGUUAAUGAUGUUUGCCUUACCAAUAAUGAUUACCAAUAAUUUUGUGUAUUAUAUCCACAAUCUUAAAAAUACUUAGGAUAUAUUUCAGAAAAUAAAAGGUGCGCUAUAUAAGACUAAAUUGCAUAUUAGAACGGUAUUCUGGCUAACUUAGUAAACUUAAAAGCCAACUUUUGUUAAGAUGUUAAUGGGUAUAUCAGAGCCUUAAAUAAAACUCAAUAUGUUGGAGUAAGUAAGUAAAAUUAUCAAUGUUUAACUGUAAAGUAAACCUCUACUAACAAUAUUAUUUAAUGCUAUUCUGGAUUUUGUUUGAAUGUAAAUUUUUGUUAAGCAUAUGAUGAUACAUAUAUUGGAAAAGCAAGUAAUUAAACCUGUCUAAAAGUUGGAUAACCUUAAAGUAUUGAAUGUGCAGUAAAUUAUUGUAUAGAACCAAAUACAUAAAGUUGUAUGCUAAUAAAUGAUAAUGAUCCAAAUUUAUCUGGUGUUUAAGGAGAUUAUAAAUGUGCAGUUUUAGGUUAAUAUUAUACAUAAAUUUUGUAAUGUUCAAGCAAAUAUUGCAUUGAUUACUAGGAUCCAGAUGAUCCUACUACUUAACCAGGAUGCUUUCUUUGGGAUGCAUCUAUACAAAGAAUAGGGAUAGAUAAAAAUGGAUAUUGCACUUAUUAAGACUAACCAAACGCAAUCAAAUGUAUGCCAGGAUAGUUUUGCUUAAAUACUCUUUUUGGAAAUUCAUGCCAGUCUCUGUUAUUAUCUUUUGAUUAAAAUAGAUUUUCAAGAGAAAGAAUAACUGGUAUAUGCCUUCCUUAUUUAGAUCCAAAAUAUAUAUAAGGAGGUGAUAUUGAAACUUGUGUAGAUGGUAGUUGCUUUUAUAUAGAUCAAGUUUAAAAAAAAAAUUUCUGUCUUUCUUAGGGUAUCUAUGCUUUGGGAGAUUUUAUUGUUGGAAUCGACACUUUAGGCUAGUGUUUAAUUAAAAACCAAAUAACGAGAGUUUGCUUGACAUAUUGUGCUCUUGAUAUUGG